AUGGAAUCCCUUCGCAGCCUUCUCUUGUGCAUCUUCUUCCUCUAUUUGUGCUGGCGAACAGUCAAAUGGAUAGGAUUCCCGCUAAUUUUUGGGACACCAUUCCGUGAUAUACCUGGGCCAGUUUCCACUUCCUGGGCCAUGGGAAACCUGGGACAGCUAUUCAACGCGAAGGGCCUUCCGUUUCAUCAGUCAUUGGUUGAUAUGUAUGGUGGAAUGGUGAAGGUGUAUGGGUUUUUCGGUGAUGAACAACUGUACGUCGCAGACCCCCGCGCGCUGCAGCAGAUUAUCAUCAAAGACCAAGAAUCUUUCGACGAGACGGCCGCCUUUCUUGAAACGAAUCAAGUCAUUUUCGGGCCCGGUCUUGUGGCUACCACGGGAGAGCAGCACAGACGUCAGAGACGGGUAGUAAACCCCAUCUUUGCUGUUCCUCAGCUUCGCCGCAUAUCACCCGUGUUUUAUGAGAUAGCGGAGAAGCUUGCAAGUGUCAUGGAAUCAGAAUUGCAGCAACACUCGUCGAGCAAGGCGGUCCUGGACAUGUCGGACUGGAUGUCUCGCGUCGCUCUAGAAUCAGUUGGCAGAACCGUCCUCGGAUAUUCCUUCGACCCACUUGAUUCACCGCAUAACAAUCCGUACACUUCAGCGAUCAAAGAGCUCAUCCCAACCUUAUUUAGGCUUUCGCUUAUACGGCAGUUCGCCCCAUUCCUGUCUAAAUUGGGUCCAGCGUGGUUCAGGAGGAAGGUCGUGGAAUGGACUCCCCAUGAGACGGUGCAGAAAGUGAAGGAAAUGUCCGACGUGAUGCACGAGACGGCCCAGAAUAUUCUAGAGCAAAAGCGUCGAGAGCUUUCGAGCGACCCGGAUAAUCAGAACGCCAAAGAUAUCAUCAGCAUCCUCCUGAAAUCAAAUGAAGAUGCUAAAGUUAAAGGAGGAGAGCAAUUGAGCGACAUGGAACUUACUGGGCAAAUGACUGUCCUCAUAUUCGGAGCACAAGACACGACGUCGUCUUGCUUGUCGCGGAUUCUCCACCAAAUUUCUAAACAUCAAGAAGUUCAGGAUUGUAUUUGUGAAGAGCUGCGGAAUGCUUCACUCGAGGGCUCAAACACCGACGAAUACGGAAGGCUCACGUACGAUGCAUUGUCCAACCUGCCCUGGCUAGACGCCGUCUUGAAGGAGACACUACGGCUUUAUCCGCCUGUCCCUUUCGUGCGGCGAACCGCCAUCAAGGAUACCAUCCUUCCGUACUCGAAAUUAGACAGCACCUCGGAUGAGAUCGCGCAUGUCAAGGUCCCGAAAGGAACGAUUCUGUUCGCCAGCAUCGCAGGAAGCAACCGCCUCGAAACAAUAUGGGGUCCCGAUGCGAAGGAAUGGAAACCAGAGCGGUGGUUUGGGGCGAGCGUAGAGGUCAAGGAUCCUGCAAGAAAAUUGCCGGGUAUCUAUUCGGGAACGCUCUCUUUCUUAGGCGGUGGUCGGUCCUGCGUCGGCUAUAGAUUCGCACAAAUAGAAAUGAAGAUCAUACUUGCCACUCUUCUGACAAGAUUCAAGUUCUCUUGUUCCGAGAACGAUCCCGACGUAGGAUGGAAUCUUUCGCAGAUUAUUUCGCCCUCUGUUAGGACAACAACUGCUGAAGGAGGCGUGGAUGAAAAGAAAGGAUUACCCUUGAUAGUAGAGUCCCUCGUUCAAUAA